GGACUAUGCUGCUAGCCGUACUUACGCUGUCAGAGUGGGUCGCUGCAUACGUUUUUGUUUUUACCUCAACAAUUCACCACAAUGGCUUUUCAGUGUCAACGAGACUGUUAUAUGAAAGAGUUUACUACCUCUGUGGUAUCCUGCUGCCCUGCUGAGCUCAAGCAAGAAGUCAAUGGAAAGAAAGAAACUCUCAAGGGCUUCAAUGUCAAGCUCCAAGACACCAUCCUGUUUCCUGAGGGAGGCGGCCAACCAGAUGACCAUGGGCUGAUUGGAGAUGUCCCAGUUUUGAGGGUGACAAGGCAGGGGCCUGAUGCCAUACACUUUGUGAGCUCACUUCUGGAGGUGGGUCAGGAGGUGCAUGUGAAGGUGGACUGGGAGAGGAGGUUUGACCACAUGCAGCAACACUCAGGUCAACAUUUGAUCACAGCUUUGGCAGAUACAUUUUUUGGAUUCAAGACGACAUCCUGGGAACUGGGGCGUCAGAGAAGCACCAUUGAACUGGAUACUCCCUCUGUGAAGCCUGCCCAGCUCCAGGCGCUGGAGGAAGCCGUAAACGAAAAGAUCAGAGAACAUGUCCCUGUCUCCGUUCAGCUUCUCUCUAUAGAUGAUCCUGCUGUGGAAAAGGUGAGGAGUCGUGGACUGCCGGAGGAUCAUGCUGGGCCCAUUCGGAUCGUUGAUAUUGAGGGCAUCGAUGCCAAUAUGUGCUGUGGAACCCACGUGUCUAACCUCAGCCACUUACAGGUAAUAAAGCUGCUGGGAACUGAGAAAGGAAAGAAAAACAAAACCAACCUGAUCUUCCUGGCAGGAAACAGGGUAUUGAAGUAUGCAGAGAAAAGCUAUAGCAUAGAGCGAUCACUGGUGUCUCUCCUAAAAACUGGACCUGAUGAGCAUGUUGAGGCAGUUGACAAGUUGCAAAAGUCUGUUAAGUUGCUACAGAAAACUAACUUGAGCCUGCUACGGGACAUGGCUGUCCUCAUCGCCCAGAACUUUAAUAAUGACCCCCAGAAAGGCAACUUCUUCAGCUUGCACAAAAAAGAGGGUGACAAUGAGUUCAUGAAUAUCAUUGCCAAUGAAAUAAACACAGAGGAAACUUUGGUUUUCCUGACUGUUGGAGAGAAGGGACCUGGUUUGUUUCUACUGGCUGGACCUAGUGGACUAGUGGCCGAGAUGGGACCGCGGGUGUUAGAGAUUCUUCAAGGGAAGGGGGCGGGAAAAAACGGACGUUUCCAAGGCAAAGCAAACAGCCUGGCACGCAGAGGAGAGGUGGAGGCUUUCCUGCAGCAGCACUUCAAACAUCACACCUCAGAGGAAGAAUAAACCCAGCAGUAGUUCAGUACAACUGGCGACCUGUCCAGGGUGUACCCCGCCUUUCGCCUGAUGUAAGCUGGCAUUGACUCCAGCCCCCCGUGUCCCUGUACGCAGGAUAAGCGGUUGACGAUGGAUGGAUGGUAGUUCAAUACAAACAUAAAUUUAUGUUGUGGGGAAACAAUACAAUACACAAGCCAAUAAGGAGAGUUCACCAGUCUCAUUCUAGCUAUUCAUGGAUCAUUUUCAGUGAAAAUGUAUAUAAUGCAACUUCUGUUCAACAUACACUGUAUAUAUCUGAAUGUUAACAGUCACAUUGUUUUAAUUCACUUAAAAGCACAUCAGUUAAACUUUUUCUGUAAUCAGAUUUCCCUUUAACUCUUAUAUUAACAUGUGAGGGCAUUAAGUGCCCGGCUCAGGGGCACCUUAAUCUGCAAUUUAGACACAAACAAUGAAUGAAAUAUUCUAAAUGAAGAAAGUCAUCCUGCUGCUUACUGUUCACAGCUGUUUUAUACAUAAACAUUUUCCCCAUCAAUAUAAUGGACGCAAACACCUGUGGAAAUAAGUUUUAAUAUAUUUCAUUAAAAGCCAAAGUGUUGGACUUUAACAUAUAAAUGACAUUACAUUCAAGCCCUUGUCAAACGAGUUCACACAAUGUUGAUUAAGCCCAUCACCACCAGGUAAAUUGAUCUGUAUUUGUAGUAUUCCAGAGUUUUUAAAUCUUGUCUGGUGCAACUGCUGUGCUGGUGAACCAGUAGUGACUUGUUUGGUUGUAGCAUUUCCUUGUUUUUGAGAGGAGAGAGACUGAGGGCAAACAUGCUGGCAUUUGUAAAAUAUUUGGAGUAGCCCAUGUAGCUAUUACAUUUACUUCACAGAAUUAACUGAACUCGCCUGUAGGCAUACAUCAAAAGCAUGUGUUGGCAGUGUUUGUGUAAUUACUGCCAGAAGGGGGCGCAAAAGUUCUGCACUGCACAUUUAAAAGAUGUGUUAAAAUGUAAUGUACAAAAGGCAGACGUACUUUGUCACUUUUAGGUCGUUAUUGGCAGGAUUACUUGGCAGAAACCAAAACCCUUGUUAAUUGUAAUGCAAUCAAAUGUAACAGCCUUGUAAUAAAUACAGCCUUGGAGAAACCUUUAA